CAGUCCCGGACGCCGCCAUUUCUCCCUCCGGUAGCGCAGGGGCCCCGGCCGCGGUGACUCUGGGCAUGGAGAGCGGCUUCGGCUCCGACUUCGGCUCCGGAGGAGGCGGCGGGGGGAAGCUGGACCCCGGGCUCAUCAUGGAGCAGGUGAAAGUGCAGAUCGCCGUGGCCAACGCACAGGAGCUCUUGCAGCGGAUGACGGACAAGUGCUUUCGGAAGUGCAUCGGGAAGCCAGGCGGCGCCCUGGACAACUCCGAGCAGAAGUGCAUCGCCAUGUGCAUGGACCGGUACAUGGACUCCUGGAACACAGUUUCGCGAGCCUACAAUUCUCGUCUGCAGCGGGAGAGAGCCAAUAUGUGACGCCAGCCAGCCUCCAGGCCGAGAAGGGACCAUGUGGGGAAGGGACGAUCGGCCAGUCCAGGUGGUUAGGGGUGAAUCCUGCAGCCUUCUCAGCCCCUGCUGUGGCAGAGCAAUAAAACCUCGCUGAACCUUUUGCAUCCAUUGGCUUUUAUUAGCACCAACUCCAGGAGAGAGUGAUUUUUUAUUUUUUUUCCCAUGAGCUGCUUGGUUUACUUCUUGCCCUUCCCAAGUGUCCAGACUGGCCCAAGGCAUUGUAUCGAUGGAUAAAUCCCUGCUGUAAAGGUUGCAACAGGCAGGGAGCCUUCUGUGGAAAACAAGGGCUAAGCCAAGCCAGCAACACAGUACCCUUGCUCAGGAUUCCAGCAUGGACCCAUCCAUAAGGUAGUCCCUUUUCAUUAGUGGAAAGCUGCUAGAAUAUUAUCCACAAGCCACCUUGGCUCUUUCAUCCUUUAUAUCUGUGUAGCACUAUCUGGGGCUAUCUUUGGGCUCAUAGGCUUUGACUUGGAGUGCUGGGGAGAAGGACAGCCUCACAAAUAGUUGUAUGAGCACAGCUAGGGAUGAACAGGGUUGGGAAGUGCUUACAUUCUUUAUAGAAUAAAGUGUGUUGUGUGGCUGUGAUACUCUCUAGUUUCUGCUUUGGCUCUGGCACAGGUGUUCCAACUUGGAGCUUACAUCCUAAGCAUAAUUUUUUUGUUGGAGGAGCAUGUCUGCAAUAGGGGAUGUGGGUCUGCUUUGGGGCACAACUCUCUAUUGUUUUCUGCUUACACACUGCUCCUGAAAUGGUGGGUUCAUGCUGCAUGGUCAGCAGUGGAUACAACAGCUGGAAGAGGAGAGUGUUGGAGACUAACAGUGCCCAUCUAGUGAGUUUUUUUAAAUCCUUUCUUUUGAAGCUCUUCUGUAUUUUAUGAAAAAUUUCAUAGUUUGCUGGACACAGGGACAGAUGGGAAGAAUUACAUGUUCAUACCUGCUCAAUGUCCUCAUUGAGAGUGAUGUGAUAGAACCUAAAGUGUUCUGACAUAACGUAAACUACAAGGAGUUAUUUGGGUAUUUGGUCUUACUGAAACUGGAGUUUCCAGACUGUCAGAAUGACUACUUGAAAAUAAAGUGCUUUCAGACA